CACGUCAAUCUCCUGAGACGCCCUAUAGGUGGCUAAGUUUGGCGGUAUCUCGUCAAUAUAUUGCCCUUCGAGCAUCACCAAGUUCUAGACACGGCGCACAGUCUCCGAGACCUCGAUCCUACCAGAACUGCUUUCUUUAGACAAGGCCGAGUCGCAUGCCAUAUUGUCCACGUUCGACGGCAGUGUUCCGAACCCUGGAACGAUCGGACUGAGUUAAAAGAGACGGGAACACUAGAUGCUGGCAGGUUGGCACCUGGAAAGUGCCGGAUCGUGAACAUGCGUGCUUCGAACUGCACCACGUUCCCCUGAGACCGCCCCCAGAUAUUCACCUCCUGGGUAGUGCAGUUAAUCUGCUGCUGGAAAACAAUUGAAAUCUGUUUGCUUGAUCAAAUAAGCCCAACAUGGCGGACAAACGCAGAAGGAAGAGCCUCAGCAUCUUCCGCCAGAAAACAGAGCAUGCUCCUCCCAUACAAAUACCUGCGAGUCCUCUGCUAGAGAAGCAGUCUGGAGACCAUCUACCCAGUCCCGUCGGAUCCGAACAUUCGAGUCCAAAGAUCCGUCCGAGGACUUUACAAAGAUCCAGUCGCGGCUCUGUCUUUGGUUCGAUACGGUCACUACAUUCAUUGGUUGAAGACGAGAAGGUUGCUCUCACGAGGUCUGACUCCAAGGCUUCUUCACUCCACGAGGAAGGCGAGACUUUGAGCAUGAAGGGACUUUUCGGUCAGAAAGUUCUUCAGUAUGGCGAAGUGCAAGCAUCUGGGACAAAUGUCUUCCGGAAGAAGACCCAAUUCAUGGUCCUCACAGAGUCGCACCUUAUUCGCUUUCGCAAUCAGGCUAGAGCUGUCGAGAUGUUUCCAAGUAUUCCGAAUGGGCUUGCCAGGGGUCACACGCCACGAACUUCUUCUGUGGGCUCUUAUCAGGAAUACCAGUCGCUAUCACAUUCAGACAUAACCUCAGGUAUUCCUCUCGAUCAGGUUGUUGGGGUCUACAGAGUCGACGAUGGUCGACCCUCCGUUACAGUUGAGGUGGCCUACCUGGACGAACGUGCCAAAAGAUCGGCCAUGAUACAAUUUCAAGUCGGGGACUUCCGCGAAGCCAGAUUAUGGACCACAGCAAUCCGAUCGGCAUCUCGUCAGGCCAAUCCAACAAUUACAAAAGAGGUUCGUGACAGCGCCCUGGAAAAUCUGGCUCGAAUCAUUGACCGGGAACGAGAUUAUGAUCCUGAGCAUUUCCAUGUCUUCAAAGUGGUCCAGCGGUCAGUAAACAGGUCAUUGGGCAGAGCAUCGGUCGAAGACUUGACCAGGACGGGGUCAGCCAUAAGCUAUCUUAUUGUUGGACUCCAUAAGAUUCAUCUGGUGCCCUUUUAUCGCUCGGCGACAAGAUCUUCGAGCACUUCCCUCAGCGACAUGGAUGUCCCAAUCUCUUUUGCGCUCGUAAACUUGACCUUGGUCAAAGUUCAACCUGAAGAAGAUGCCUUUCAUCUACUAUUCAAGCCACCAACAGGGCAGCCAUAUACUGCUCAGCUGGCAUCUAGUGCUGCGAGUGACAUUGCACUCUGGCUGAGAUUUGCCUCCGAAUACAUCCGACCUGAAUGGAUUAGGCAGCCCUUUGUAUUUGAUGUACCGGCUCAUCUCGAAGACGGAAUGAAUCCUCCCAACUUUCCCAAGGAGGACCAUGAUUGCUUUGAUCGUACACUCAUUGCUUAUUGUGCGGGUUACGAUCUGGAUACCUCUCGAAUCUGCUAUUCGAUUGACUAUCAUUGCGAAGACGCACCGUGUUUCUUACUGCUUCCUCCCUCGACCGGCACGACCUAUUCGGCACUCGAAUUGCUUGCGGUCUGUCGAGCACUCCGAUAUAACGAGUCAUUCUCCUCGAUAUCAUUUGCACGUAUCAAUUUGAGUGCCCUACGACAUCUUUAUGAUGCUUUUGGUGCGGAUAUGGACAGCCUGUUCUCCAGGUCUGGAAAUCCAACAAACAUUCCGGGCCAUCAAGACCUACCGCUUCUGUAUCAAGAGAUCAGGGCGCUAGCCUUGAAAAGCCGAAGGUUGAGGCGGCUGGACUUCUCACAUUCGCUCCCACACAAAGCGCUCGCGGGUGACGAGCAACCCCCGGAUUGUGGCAUUAUGGAAGCGCUCGCCCCGUUAUGCAAGAGAUCUUUGACCAAUGUCGAUUGGAUUGUUCUCACUGGAUUGCGACUGUCGGACAAUGAUCUGAACUAUCUGGUCGACGCAGCUUCGGAGAGGAGAUGUCAUUUCCGUGCCCUCGAGAUCGGCGAAUGUGGUCUGUCUGUUCAUGACAUUGAUGUGCUUCUAUCCGCGAUGGUGGCACAAGAGACCACCAUGGAAGUUAUUGACAUUUCUGGCGCCCAAGGCCGCUUCAGUCCCGAAGUCUUCCAGCGCGAAGUGGGUGCAUUUAGCCACAUUCGUCGAUUGAACCUGACCCGGGUACAGAAAACUGCGGGGCCUGAACCUUUGGUGGCUCCUGAGGCCUUGUUCGCUUGGAGACUGGAAGGCCUCUACUUGUCCCAGACAACGCUUAAUGAGCAGACUGUGGACUCGAUUUCGACGUACCUUGCCACUCCAAAAUCUGAAAUACUCCGAGAGCUGCACGUCAAUCAAUGCGGACUAAGGGGAUGCGACCUCGCCACAUUCUUUCAAUCAAUGUCGAUGGGUGACACGCAGCCGCGGAUCAUGCAUGUGAGCGCCAAUGAGAAUCGGCUGAAGACGGGUAAUACUAUUUUGUUCAAGACUAUUGCUCAAAGCUACGGACCGACAUCGCUGAGUAUGCGAAUGAUGGAUUUCGACAAGGAGAGCCAUUUCAGGGAACUUAUUCAGGCAUUGACGGUCAACAGAACGCUGCGCGCUCUGGAUAUUUCACGUGCCUCAUUACCAUACGAUGCUAGUGUGGAGACUUGCGAAGCGUUGAAGGAGAUGUUUGCGACUAAUCAGACUCUGGAAGAGCUCGACAUCAGUGGUGAACAUGCUCAUCUCGACGCCACACGGUUUGGUAUUGGACUCAACAUUGCACUGAGAGGCUUGGCCAGGAAUCGAGCAUUGAAGGUGCUCCGCAUCGAAUAUCAAGGCUUAGGCUUACAAGGUGCAAGCACGUUGGCUGAGGUGCUGCAAAAGAAUGACACGCUGCAAGAGAUCCACUGUGAACACAACGAUAUCAACCUGCAGAGUUUUACUGCUCUUGUCGAUGCAUUGGAGAAGAACCAUACUAUAUUAUACAUGUCGAGCAUGGAUCACGAUCGAGCUAAGGCAAUGGAAAGGGUCCGACGCGAGGUUGAGACCAUGGAUCGGGUAGAAAGUCCUAGGCCAGCCAAACCUGGCACGCUCAAGAAGACAUUCACAGGACUCAGUGGCAAAUCGAACCGAAAUGGCCACAGUCAUCGGCAUAGCAGUUCACAUUCAACAACCGCAUCGUUCACGGAUCAGGAUGUCAAAGCAGCCCUUGCCGCGCUGGAAGACAAGUGGGAUGUUCAGGUUGCCAGACUGCAGAAGUAUUUGUUCCGCAAUUAUUGUCAGUCUCGAGGUAUUCCUUGGGAGGACGAAGCGGUAGGCGAUGAAAAUGGCCGGCGGACCUCAGUCGUGGAGAGUUCCAUGGCCCAACUAUUGCAACAAGUGCAUAUCGAGAAGACGCCGACAGCGGACAAUCCAACGUCUUUGGAUUAUUUCAAUGAGAAGAUGGGCGAGACAGGUCAGCUCAUAUUCCAGCUGCCAGAGGAUUGA